GAGCCCCAAGGCCUUAGGCUGUAGCAGCCCCUGCUGGCGUGAGGCUGGAAUGUCUGCAGCAUUGGUAUGCAUCGCACAAACGGUUUCUUGGGUGCCCUUCAUCAGAAGAAAUCUGCUGCCUGCUUGAGUUCCUUACUACAUAGGGAAGGAAAGGUGGAGAUGGGGCUGCUGUGUGUCCGUUACCCUUGGGGAUUGCAGUUCUUUAACAAGCUGCAGCUGCUAAGGACUUAACAUAGAAGUCCUUGUCUGGAGACCCGAAUGCAGAGUUUGCAACCAGAUCCCAAAGCCCAGUACAAGAGCGUGUAUGGGGCCCUGAAGAAGAUUAUUCACACUGAAGGCUUCUGGAGGCCUUUAAGAGGAAUUAACGUCACUGUGCUGGGGGCUGGCCCUGCCCAUGCAAUGUAUUUUGCCUGCUAUGAAAAAAUGAAAAGGACUUUAAGUGACAUUAUUCACCAUGGAGGAAACAGCCACCUGGCCAAUGGGAUAGCCGGGAGCAUGGCCACAUUGCUCCAUGAUGCAGUAAUGAAUCCGGCUGAAGUGGUGAAGCAGCGGAUGCAGAUGUACAACUCCCCUUACAAAACAGUUUUGGAGUGCAUACGAGCCGUGCAUAGGACUGAAGGGCUGGGUGCCUUCUACCGGAGCUACACCACGCAGCUCACCAUGAACGUCCCCUUCCAAGCCAUUCACUUCAUCACGUACGAGUUCAUGCAGGAGCACAUCAACCCGCGCCGGGAAUACAACCCCCGCUCGCACAUCCUCUCUGGUGCCAUCGCAGGAGCCGUGGCUGCCGCGGCCACCACACCCCUUGACGUCUGCAAGACAUUGCUGAACACUCAGGAAAACAUGGCCUUGAGUUCAGUGAACAUCAGUGGGCACCUCUCCGGAAUGGCCAAUGCUUUCAGGACAGUUUAUCAGCUGGGCGGUAUCCCCGGGUAUUUCCGAGGGGUCCAGGCUCGUGUCAUUUACCAGAUGCCUUCAACUGCCAUUGCGUGGUCAGUGUACGAGUUCUUUAAGUACUUCCUCACGAAGCACAAGCUGGAAAAAAGAGCUCCUUAUUGAAAGACUUGACUAGAGCGAGCCUAAGGUUCAGAUGACAUUUUUGUAAACUCUGAGGGACUCGCUAGUGUUGUGAAACAUGCAAGAUUUCUUGUGGAUUCACAAUUGAAUUUCACUUUUCUGUCGUUGGUGGGGAGAGGAAUUAAGUGGUCAUUGGUGAAAUUUGGCACCCUCUUUGCUAGAAUCAAAUGUUCUAAAGACUUUUUAAAAUAUAUUUAUAGCUUUGGAGAAGUGACAUUACUGAUUCCCCUCCCCCCCUGCCCCCCCCUCCCCGAUAAGCUCUAAGAUGUAGUAUUACAGCUUUGCCAGAAAACUUGAGACUGCACAGGGGGGAAAAAAAUAGUAUGGUGAGAUAUUUUACAGCAAAGAAAUUAAAUAUCCUGUCACUGAACAAACUUUUAUAUAUAACAUAAUAUAAAAUAGAUGGAUAAUGUUUAUCCUUUAUUUUUCUAUGUAGGAAUUUUGUUUUAAUAGUAUUACAGCUGGAAGCUGAGCUGUUUUUAGA